UCAGCUGGGUUUGGCUCAUUACAAUCAACGAAGGAUUGUACCAGCAAAACUCCGACGAAACAACAGUGGUACAAAGAUAUUUUGAGCCUACUUUCUCCAGCACUCAGAUGGCUCAGCCGGUGAUGACCAGUCAGCUUGGCCUUAUACUGCUGGUCUGUGUGCUGGCCUCCCGGUGUGGUCCCGUGAACGGUUUCUUUGACUGGUUGAAGCCGACGCAGCCAGGGGCUCCAGCCCUCGCCCCUUCACUGGUCCCUGGACUACCCGGGGGAGAUGCCCAGCCGUUCGAGAUGACCAUAGCCGAUGAAAAGUUCCUAGCAGAGGCAAAAAAUAUGGAGCUCAGCCCGUUGGACAGCUGUCAUUACCGGGUGGUUGCCCAGCUGAAGUCGACCUGCGCUAGCCUAUCAGAGGAGCAGCUGGCCAAACUGGGCGUUGUCCUGUUCAACUGCCAGGCAGAGGUGGAGGGGCGUAGGACGUACCCCUGCACUGAGGACAUGUCCCUAAAGCAGUGCACAGCAGACAUGGACUCGGACACGUGGAAUGCUUACCACAUAGUGAGCAACCGGGCACGCUCCGUGUGUUACGCCACCCGUCAGCAGCACUUCCGCCGCCAGUCCGAGCUCACCGUCAACGCGCUAAUCUCUACGGCAACCAGCCAACUGGACGCCAUGAAGGACCUGAAGGAAGGUCAGCUGGAGCUGAAGGAGCUGACUUCGGCGUCCCUGGAGAGGCUGCUGGAGGGUCACAGUGCCCUGGAGGCCCAGCAGGGGGCACUGUGGGUGGGCCAGGAGCAGCUGGAGACAUCUCUCUCCUCUAACCUGGAGCGUCUGGGCCAGGAGAAGGCCCUCAUUGCCUCCGGACAGGAACUGGUGGCCCAGCUCAUCCACGGAAUCACACACAGGAUGGAGAACGUCAGUGAGCAGCUAAAGGAUCAAGGGUCAGAGGUGCAGGAGGGUCACAAGGCCAUUCUGGAUGACCUCGCUGAGGUCAGUGGGCGCACAAAGGACAUCUAUAGCAAAAUAGACCACAGUGUGUCAGGGUUCCUGCAGUAUCAGAAACUGACAGCUCAGUACUAUGUGGAUCUCAUGGGAAAACUGGAACGCAUGAAUGGAACCCUGGGAACCAUGCUGCAUUACCUUGACAACAUGCAGCGUCGUCUAGAGGAGAGGCUUCAUGUUAUCCAGGGUUACCUGGGCUUGGCAGGUCUGAGCCUGGCUGCAGUGUGGACGUGUGUGGUGCAUGCUGGGUACUUCCUGCUGUGUGCGGUGGUACUGACGUUCCUGCACUGUCCGUCCUUCUCCCGAGCCAUGCUGCUCUUCACAGUCCCGCUCAACGCUGUGGCCGAGGUCAACCAACAGCCUGCCCUGGACCUCGCCAGUCUGAGCAUGCUGCUGCUCACACUCUCACUCGGCUACUGGUUGGCGAUGCAGGUGUUGUGGGCGUGUUCUCAGAUGAGAGGAAAGAAGGUCCCCAGUCUGCUCCCCCCUCAGAAGACCCUGGAACCAGAAAGCCACCACGUCCCCCACUACCACCACCCCCACUCCUGCGGCCCGUCCUCCUCCACCCCCCAGAGAGAUGAGCUGGAUGGUCUCAUGGAGCCAGGAGACCUGCUGGAUCAGGACAGCUUCAUGACUGGUGACCCCUGCAUAGCAGCACUGUCUCCCUCCCAUGCCCACUAUAUUGCAGAGGCCAAGUUUGUGCCUGUUAUGGCCUCACCGACCCACUCUACUCCCAGGUUCAAGUGCCGGCCUAGUCUCUCUGCGGCUGUCCUGGAAGGUCUGCCCCAAAGGAACCUGGGAGGAAUGAUGGAUGCAUUGAGCAAAUCACAGAGCGCCAGUCCCAACCAAUCCCUGGCCAGCAACAGCUCUGUGUCUGGUCGUCAGCUGUGUAAUGGCACUACCAGGAUGGGACAGCAGUGUAAGAAGAGGGCGGUGCUGGGACAGGAGUACUGCCACGUCCACGAGAGUGGCUAUACCUCCUACAACCGCCUCUGAACACCCUUUCUGCGUCACAAAUGGCACUGUAUUCAUUAUAUAGUGCACUACUUUUGACCAGGGUCAUAGGGCUUUAGUCAAAAGUAGUGCAUUAUGUAGGGAAUAGCCUACCAUUUGAAUGCACACCCUGCUACCCCCUCCCCUUCCUCCAUCCACCAGGAGCAAGUUCAGUAGGAGAAAACGUUUUGAAAUGAGAAGGUACUACCUGAAAUCGUACCAAUAAGAACAGAUUUCAGUUUUCCGUUGCAAAACGUUUUGCUACAGUGUGCCCAACUGAACACGACCCUAAACACCCCUGUCAUGUGGUCAUCCUCCCAGAACGAGCAGGAAGUACUUGGGCUAUUCUCCUAUUUUAUUUUAACAAAUGAGUUUUUUAUCAGGCUGUUACCAUGGUUUCUCUGUUACUGUCAGGGUCUAUCUGUACUGUCUAAAGCAAUGACCAGUUGACAUGUGUAACUUUUUUUUAAAUGUCUGUGUGGAUGAAAGCACGUGCCUGUUACAUCCUGUAGUAGGAUACUCCCUGGCUGCAAAUGUGAAAGUAAUGUGAUAAAGCUGAUGUUACUGAAUUCUACGAGGGAUUAUGGAGGCAGGAUUGUUUGCUUUUAUCAUGACUUUGGGACCCUGUGUGUACAUGAUACCGACCAGUCUCUCUUGUUUAGGGUGUGGAGAUUUGUUGUAAUUUGCAUCUGAGUUAUGAAGAGGACAAAGGAGGUGAAUUUUAACUUUCACUUAAGCUGAAUUGUCCCUGAGUCAUGUAUUGGUGUCAUUGAGACUCAGUGAAAUUUGCCUUCAAUAGAAGUUAAGAUUUGCCCAUAAAGCACUAAAUUGCACUCAUAAGUUACUGACUUGACUAACGUUUGGGAAUAUUAUUUGUGCUUUUUGGAUCUUAACUGUAUUUGUCACUAUUUUUGAAGCUGUCUAAGGCAAAUGUUUUUGUAUGAAGGGUAUAUCUAUUGUUUUGGAUUUUAUUUUUGUAUUAAUAAAUUAUUUCAGUAAUGCAGUUAGUGUAAACAUUUGUGUGAAGGACAUAUUUCAAAGUUAAUUGAUCGUGCACACCGAUCCGCAGGUGCAGUGAAAUGCUUGUUACUAGCUCCAACAGUGCAGUAGAAUGUCUCUCAAAUAAUCAAAUCAAGAAAUGACAGCAAGUCCAAUUAACAAUCCUGAGUACAUAUAUUUGAGUGAGCAUGUCAGAAUCCAGAAUGUAUUUCCCAUUUAUUCUAUUCUGGGCAUCUAGAUGAAGUAUGACACUAAAAUGGGCACACUGGAAACCACAUUUGAUAUCUUAAUGGAAAUAAUGCCAAGGUGACAGUUCAAUGAUCAGCUUUGACUAUAUUAGGAGACUAGGGGGGUGGUUUCCUGGACACCGAUUUAAGCCUAGUCCUGGACUUAAAAGCACUUUCAAUGGAGAUUCUUUGAGUUUGCCUUUCAGAUUAAGCCCUGGACUGUCUGGGAGACCAGCCCUAGAAUCCAUUCUCCACCAGUGUUUGGGAAACUGACACUAGAAUCAAUGUUAUUUGGCAUUCUCCACCAGCAAAGGAAUGUGUGUUAGCCUGUACCAGUCUGUAUGUGCUAACAUUCCACUCCUUGUACUUCUAUGUCAUAUGCCAAACAUUUGGCAUGAUAUGGAGUGGCUGAUGGCUCACAGAUCUAGGACCAGGCUAAAUAUGAGUUUCUGCUCUUUAUCAAACAACUUGAGUUGCUGAGCCAGCUAGACUGGCUUGUCAACUAAUGGUUAGUUAGUACCUAUGAGCACACUGUUUAGCCUAGCCUCGUGGAACCAGACUGAUAUCUGUGUUUAUUCUUUUUUUUCACGUGAAAUAUAAUAGUGAAUGUAGCGUUCAGGCUGGAUCCACCAAGCUACCUUAAGCUGCAUGUUAUUCACAAUAUACCAUGGGCUGUCAAUGCAUAGUUAAAUAUAAAUCACAGUUCAUCAGAAGUAGAUAUUAAUUGUACAUUUGAUGCGUCUCCAUAACCUGGGGUGUUUUGAUUAGUGCACAUAGUAGCAAACCAGUUCGCAAAUGGACAAAUUCAGGGGGGUAUUCACUAGAAACCAAACAGAAGCAAAUGAAACUGAGGGACCAACCUGAA